AUGAAACCUGUUUGGUACUUCGAUUAUUUCGACAGCGUCGACACUGUUAAAGAAGCCAUAGAUCGAGCAAAGCAGGUGCGGUAUAUUCACCAGCGAGGUGGGUUCGAGAUACGGAACUGGGUUUCCAAUUCCCCCAAAGUGCUGCAGAGUCUGGGUGAGCAAAAGUCAGCUCUGUUUGUGCACUUCACCCAGGAUAAAAUGACGAUGAAGGAACGCGUGCUGGGAAUUACGUGGAACCAGGACGAAGAGAUCGGCAGCGACUGCUGGGAUAUGUGGAAGCGUUGGACAGGUCUGUUGUCGGACGUAGAAAGCGUUCGUAUCCCCCGUUGCUAUCUCGGCGAUUCUCUUUCCUCCAUUGUCGAAUCAAUCGAGCUGCAUGUCUUCACCGAUGCCAGCGAACAUGCGUACGGAUGUGUUGCGUAUUUGCGUGUAGUAGUUGAGGGAGUAGUGCGAUGCAGUCUGGUCAUGUGUCGGUCCAAAGUAGCCCCGCUGAAACGCCAGUCGGUUCCCCGGCUGGAGCUGAUGGCCGCCGUCCUAGGUGCGCGGUUGAGCGAAACCAUCCUGACAACGCACACACUCAAAAUCGACAGGAUCGGAGGAAUCCUGGAACUGACACGAGCGACGGAUUGGCGGUGGAUUUCAACGAAGCUCAACAUUGCCGACGUCCUGACCAAAUUGAGUCGGAAUCCGAUACUACAGAGCGUCAGUGAGUGGUUCACCAGUCCAUCAUUCCUGCACCAGUCCGAAGAUCAAUGGCCAUCUACCGAUACGCAGAUUGGUGACACCACCGAGAAAGCAAGGGGGUUGGUGCUGUUUCACGAAGUGAUCAACGACGAAAGAUGUUCCCGAUGGAUUACCUUGCUGCGGGGAACAGCAUAUGCAUUGCGAUUUAUAAGCAACUGCAUUCGCAAAAAGAAUGACGAGCUGCCUGUGUUGACGACAAACUUGACACUGAAGCCAGAGCAGCAACCCGAAAGGUUAGCGAGAUCCAGCAGCAUCUAUAAGUUAACACCGGUCCUAGUUCAGGACGGAAUUCUACGGAUGGGCGGCCGAAUGGAGACGUCGACCGGCAUACCGUUCGAUAAGAGACUUCCCAUCAUCUUCCCUCGAAAGCAUGGGCUGACGGGAAAGCUAAUUCAAGUUUACCACGAGAAAUUUGGACAUGCCAAUCGGGAGACCGUGGUGAAUGAGCUUCGCCAGCGGUUCUGGAUCCCGAGCAUCCGAAGUAAUUUUCCAAGUAACGCGACAGUGCAUUUGGUGCAAAGUGCAUCGCUGUCUUCCAGUAGCUCCGCGGAUGAGUCCGCUUCCGAUCCAGCGGGUAACAUCAUAGCUUUGGCCAUUUAG